CCUAAAUAGUUAAUGUGAUACCCUUCCUUGUUUGAUUGAUUAGUCCAAUGACAUGAAGCGAAAACAAGUAUUAGCUAGCUAUAGUUUCUUUUGGUAGCAUGAAUAUGCCCCCCACUAUUUGCUCAAUGAACUGCCCAAACCACAUGAAAUAUGUUUUUCUUAGAUGCAGUGAUUGGUAAUCGAACUUGGAUGAACAUAUUAAACCUGUGGAAGUGUGUUAGGGGUCUGAAUUUGGUUUUUGAUUCCACAGUUAAUAGAGUUUUGUCUCUAUUGCACAAUUCAAUCUUGUACUUUCGUGUGAUAAUAGAGAAAUCGAUUCAUCCUUGUGCAUUGGUCUAUUGUGAUGUUUCUUACCCUUGGACACAGUAUAUGAACUUAUAUUUUGGCAUGCAACCCUAGUUUCCCAUGAAUCGAACUCCAAGUCAUCUCUACUAACAUGUCUUUUCACAUAUGCACCCAUGAUUUUACAUAGUAUCAUUUAAGUGUGAGGGUGUACAGAGUUGAGUCCAUGGAUGAUUAAUGAUGUUCAUUUACCAUUGUGAUACUUAAUGGUAUGUGUUUGGCAAUGUUGGUUGGAAUUUUUAUUUGUGUGGGAGAUCCGACCUAGGAAAAGGGCUACUCCAAGGAGAUAGCUCUAACGCUCCUCCUCUCAAGACUGCAUUGCCUCCUUCCACACGCCACUAUCAGAUAAGUGGUUGUAUAACUCACCAAAAACACGAAGAUCCUCAACCAGAUCCAACAUUGCAAGUUCAACAACCACAUAUGCAAGACCAACAACAAGGCCACAAUAGAAUAAGAGUAUUGAGUUAUGAUGCCUCCACUCCGACAUGCUUUCAUGAGGCUAUUCCAGUGGAGUACACUGACAAGUACCCGAGGAUUCAAGAACUCCCGACGGAUGAAAGUGAAUGCUCCGACGGGGAUCUGUUUGAUCAAUUGGAUCAACCUCCUCGACAUCAAUGAGAGGAUUUACAGAGUUCUUAUGAUGUGUUCCUGGGUAUAGUCACGGUCAAAGAGUUCAAAGGAGCAACACACAAGUUUCUAAAUAUUGAGUUCAGACUAGGAGGGAGAACAAGAGCAAUGUCCAUCAUGGAAUUCACAUCGAUCCUCAAUAUUUUCCCUCAAGAUUUCGUGGAGUGUUCUUCAAGUUUUGCCUCACUGAUUCCAGAGAAUCACUUUUCGAGUUUGGAAACUUCUAUGAAAUAAAGCUGAAGGGGGGCAGGAGAUUGUAAGUGUGAUAUCAAGUUAUCAAAUGGCUAGGGAGCUGAAACUGGAGUGGAGAUUGAUCCACCACGUGAUUUCGAGAUCCGUGGGUGGAAGGUGUGGAAGCAAAACAAUAUGACUGCCCGAGAUGUCAACUUCAUGUGGAGCAGGAGGAGCUAGAGAUCUCUUCACCCAGGACCCCCCCCCCCCCCCCCCCCCCCAUCAUUUUGGACAUCGAACCACUGCAUCACCUACAGAAGGCUUGUAGUUCUUCACGAUGGUGCCUAUGUCACUAUGCUCACCAAUUAUUUCAACAUUGACUUCGAUGAUGCAAAGAGCAUAUUUGGUACUUGGACCGUUUCAUUCUCAUUCCAACCAUUGAAGUAUUAUCUCAAAACUAUGGUGAAGAAUGAUCAAGGAAUUUGGGAUGUCCGAGACUUAACUUUUCCCGACACCUACAUAGUGGUGUGACAUUCAGAGUAGCCAAGGUCUAGGAAGAUGAAGAUAAAGUUGAUGCAGCUCCCUAACACAUGUAUGGUGCGACAUUCUUCCAUAGCUAUCAACCUCCACAACAACCUUCUAGUUAUUUAGGAGCAUUCGAUCAUUAUGCUCGAGCCUAAUUAGCCCAUGUUUUUUUAAGAACUAGGAGAUGCUACACAAGAGGAUACGAGACAAGACGAGGUGAGGAGACAUGACAUUUCUUGUCAACACGCCACCAUGGCUACCCUCAGAAUUGAUGUCAUGAAGAUAUUAUGUUCGGAUAAUCCCAUCUCUCUCAAAUCUCAAUCUCGGUCGUGUGCUUUUUCUCUCUCUAUAUAUAGUGUAAUAUAAGAAAGUACGAUGACUAUUUGAUAGUACAAACAAGAAACAAAUUUUUGUUAUGUGAAAGUACAGUGCAGGCAUUUGAGUGAUUUGCAAUUCAUCCACCACCUACCAAAUAAGUGCAAAUAAGAAAUUUAUCAAUCCGCAAUUCAUUCACAUCAAUCACUCACCCACUGCGAUUCGAGUUAUUUGCGUGUGUAUCGAUGUCAAACGCGAAUUACCACCUAUGUGCGCCUAGUAGACAGUAGACUAGUAGAGUAAACUAAUAGUUUUUACGUGGAUCUUGGGUCUAGCUUGAAACUGGGCUUCGAUUUUCAUGCUAUGUCAAAUGCGGCCCAGCCCAGAUAGUUAACAAGCGGGCCACUGCUGUGGAUUUGAACAAAUUGUUGUAUUAUUAUUUGGCGCGCAUAGAAGUAAUGGUCGGUCGGUUGCUGUUCCCACCAAAGUUUAAUUUCAAAAAAUACUUUUUUUUUCUUUUUGAAAAAUAGCUGACGCAUCAAAUUUCCUUUUGGUUUGGCAAAUCCGGUAACUAACGAUAAUUAAUUUCUUCAUCAGCCCGUCGAUUAACUGUCUCGUUCUUCCCAACAAUCUCUUGCUGCUGCUUCCCCAGAAAAAAUGGCUCGAAUCGACGAACUUUGAAAUGACCUCUUUCCCCCGAUUUUCCCAGUGUUUUUUGUUCCCUUUCCCACGGUAUCGCAGCCACAUUUUCCCGAUCAAGCGCGACGGUAAAUCACCAGAAUCCCUAAUCUGUUAUCCCUUAUAGAUUUAGCUUGUUCUCUCUCUCUCUCUCUCUCUCUCUCUCUCUCUCUCUCUCUCUCAGAUUGGAUUCUGUCCGAUGUCCGUCGGAGUUUGAUCCCGAAUUCGCGAUUCUUCAUUCAAAAGAGUUUCCACCCCCGUCUUUGAAACGGCAUACCUAAGGUAGAAGAAGAGGUUCGUCUCAAUCUGAUCUACUAGGCUGGUUCAUCGAGAAUCAAGGCAUUGUGACAAUUCGGGAAUUAGGGUUUCCAAACGAUUAAUUGUUUGGAGCCAAAAGGUCUAGGGGGGAAAUUAUUGUCAGGGUUUCUGCGCAGGAAUAUCUGCAAGAUUCUUUGUUUUCUCCAUCUUUUUGCCCAAUCGUGAAUGGGAUCAACGGCGAUCAAAUUGCCAUGUCAUUUUGAGCUGGGUGCUGGUAUAUUUCGGAGGAGAGAGCUGGUAAGGACCUGAAAGUAGGUCAGGGGUAUUUGGUUUACUUGAUGGGGAACACAUGCACCGGACCAAAUCUCAGCUCUAAUGGAUUCAUACAAUCUGUUACUGCUGCUGUGUGGCGUCGGCAACCAGACGAGCGUCUUCCUGCUCCAAACAAGGACGAAGGCAGUAGCAAAAAAGACGGCUCGAGCAACAAAGACGCUUCCAAAGGCGGAGAUUCUGAAGGAUCCAAGAAUUCCGAUGGCCCAACCCCCAACACCCCACCUCCUCCAGUCAAGAUGGGGAACGAUGGGCAAGGGAAACCAAUGGAGCAUGAGAGAUCGAUUAAACCCGAAAUGCGAGAUGUUCCAAUUACUAACAAGCCAGGGGAGGAAGCCAAGCCGAAGAAACCCUCACAUGUGAAGAGGUGUUCUAGUGCAGGGCUCCAAGUAGGGUCAGUGUUAGGGAGGAAAACAGGGAACUUGAAGGAGAUUUAUAGUUUGGGGAAAAAGCUAGGGCAAGGCCAGUUUGGCACCACUUUCCUUUGCAUUGAGAAGGCAACUGGGAAGGAGUUUGCUUGUAAAUCGAUUGCGAAGAGGAAGUUGACGACUCAAGAGGAUGUGGAUGAUGUUAGGAGGGAGAUUCAGAUUAUGCACCACUUGGAAGGGCAUUCCAAUGUGAUCAAGAUCAUUGAGGCUUACGAGGACGCGGUUGCAGUUCAUGUUGUGAUGGAGCUUUGUGCAGGUGGGGAGCUCUUCGAUAGAAUCAUUCAGAGAGGUCACUACACGGAGAGAAAGGCAGCUGAGCUUGCUAGAUUGAUAGUUGGUGUUGUCGAAGCUUGUCAUUCCUUGGGUGUUAUGCACAGAGACCUAAAGCCCGAGAACUUUCUGUUUGUUAAUCAGAGAGAGGAUGCAACACUUAAGACAAUCGAUUUCGGGCUCUCCAUGUUCUUUCGGCCUGGUGAAAUGUUCACUGACGUUGUUGGGAGCCCCUACUAUGUAGCACCUGAGGUGUUGCGUAAGAAUUAUAGUGCGCAAUGUGAUGUUUGGAGUGCUGGUGUUAUCAUAUAUAUCUUGUUGAGUGGAGUCCCUCCAUUUUGGGAUGAAACGGAGCAAGGAAUAUUUGAGCAGGUUCUAAAAGGCGACCUAGAUUUUGUUUCAGAACCAUGGCCAAACAUAUCAGAGGGUGCUAAAGACCUAGUUCGAAGGAUGCUUGUUAGAGACCCUAAAAAGCGCCUAACAGCCCAUGAAGUUCUCUGCCACCCUUGGGUACAAGUGGAUGGGCUUGCUCCAGAUAAACCUCUUGAUUCUGCUGUUAUAAGUCGCUUGAAACAGUUCUCAGCCAUGAACAAGCUGAAGAAAAUUGCAAUUCGGGUUAUUGCUGAAAGCAUGUCUGAAGAGGAAAUUGCAGGCUUGAGAGAAAUGUUCAAGAUGAUAGAUGCAGAUAACAGCGGAAAUAUCACUCUCGAGGAACUGAAGAAUGGGUUGGAAAAAGUGGGUGCUAACCUCAAGGAGGGUGAAAUCGUCGGGUUGAUGCAAGCAGCGGAUAUUGAUAAUAGUGGUACGAUUGACUACGGGGAGUUCAUAGCUGCAAUGAUCCACUUGAACAAAAUACAGAAGGAGGAUCAUCUGUUUACAGCAUUCUCAUACUUCGACAAAGACGGGAGUGGCUACAUUACUGCUGACGAGCUCCAACAGGCGUGUGAGCAGUUUGGGCUGGGGGAUCUUCACAUUAUGGACAUAAUUAAUGAAGUUGACCAAGAUAAUGAUGGGCGCAUUGACUACAGCGAAUUUGCCGCUAUGAUGCAAGACUCGACAACAUUCAGACCAGCAGGAAAAUAAUCCAGGCAGCCUUAUUUCCUUGGCCCGGAUACGGUAAAUCACAAACUUAGUCAGUAGCUAAUUAUGUCUAGCUGAUAUAUAUAUAUAUAUAUAUACUUGUCAUUAGUUAACAGAAACUGGAUUACACACACAACUGUAUGUAAAGAUCAGGCAGGUUUCAGUGAGGGGAAGAUUGAGAGUUCAUUUUAGCUUUUCCUUUCUUUUUGUAUCUAUUACAUCGAGUUUUUUUUUUUUUUUUGUUUACUACCUUUUUUGGUCCCCCCCUUAAUCAAUUGUACCAAAUCGCAUUGAAAGGCUGGAAUUCCUUAACCUAGAAAGAUCAGUCACAAUAUACUGAUGGGAUUUUG